AGACUACAUCACCUUUCAGUCUGGUACAAUCCCCAGUGGAGGUGGGGGGAGAGUAGUGGAGGAGAGGAGAGGGAGCUCCGAGACCCACUGGGUUCUCAGCUCUCACACUCAGCCACACGGGGAAGGCAUAGCGAGGGAAGAAGAACUCUGUGGAGGUGCCAGACAGACUCCAGGUGAAGUUGGUGGUGGAGUCCAGGAGGUCUCUGGAGACGGAGAGGUCGUAGGGGUCGCGAGGGGGAGGACUCUCCAUCUCUAGUGUCACUGAAUAGCCAGUGAUGUCAUCCUCGUAGGCCGUCAGGUCCAGAGUGAAGGGAGGAGUCCACCGCAGCACUUGGUGGGUGGCAUUGUGGUGAACUAUCUCCAGAGCAGUUGGUGGAUCAAGCAGACCUGGUUGGGAACACAUUGUGGAACAAUCAACAGUGAAUACAAGUAUAGCAAGCUGCUGCCUACCUUGAAUCCUGAAAGUAACUGCAGCACUUGUCAGGGGAGCAGUGUCAGAGAACUGUGCUACACAAAAGAUUCUUGUAUUGUUAUUUUCGACUCUUGGGUCGAUACCAAUGACAGUGAAAGAUCUGUUAUCUUCUCUGACCAACAUGUAGUCGGAUACUAUCCCUCUUUCUGCUAGAAGUUCUAGUCCAAUUUCUUGAAUAGUCUUCCCAUUAAUAUCCCAUAAAAAAUUAUAUGUAUCAUUCGGAGCCUCGCACAUGAACUCCACUGGAUCUCCAUUCAGACUGGAGUUGUAGCCAUCAGGAAUGAUGUACGGCUGAUAUCGAUCUACAAUGCAAUAAUCUUGCUUACAUUGAAGAAUCACAGUACAUAAGAAACCUGCAUUAAUAGAGAAAAGAAGCAUCAAUCCACACAGGGCGCGACGUAGGACGUGCAUCUUCGCGAGUCUGUUGACGACUUGCAUUGGCGGAGAGAUCGAGCCCGAGCAGUUCAAUAUUUCGUGCGAAUUUUGCGCGUUUAGAAUCAUUACGGUAUAUGCAGUGCCGAUCUUCUGCUCUUUUUCUCUCGUUUCGGCGCUUCUGUGUUCUUGUGUACAUCUUUACUGUAUUCUUUAGCUCAUGAUAUUCAGAUAGAGAAGUUACCAGACUCGUUAGGAACACUGCAACACUUCAACAGACUCAUUCACUACGCCAUCUCGCAUCGACAUGACGAGCCAACCGCAGAAAAUGCGCCAAUUAGCGCGUGCGCCAUUGCUCAAAUAAAGCGAGGAUGGGGGUGCGGUGGUGCUAGAUUUCUGAUCGAGAUGUCGGUCCUCUGGUUCCUUGGGUUCCUCAGGUUCCUCCAGUUCCUCCAGUUCCUCGUCGUUUUUGCAAUAUCGGUUAUUCCUCUUGUUCGUGCAGAUCGAUAUCAGCCGUACAUCAUUCCUGAUGGCUACAACUCCAGUCUGAAUGGAGAUCCAGUGGAGUUCCCGUGCGAGCUUCCGAAUGAAGCAUCUCAAUUUGCGUGGCUCAUUAAUGGGAAGAAUGCUCAUGAAAUUGGACCAGAACUUCUAGCAGAAAGAGGGAUAGUAUCCGACUACACCUUGGUCAGAGAAGACAACAGAACUUAUACUGUCAUUGCUAUAGAUCCAAGAGUCGAAAAUAACAAUACAAGAAUCCUUUGUUUAGCCUAUUUCUUGGACACUGCUCCCCUGAUAAGUGCUGAAGUUACCUUCAGUAUUCAAGGUCUGCUUGAUCCACCAACUGGUCUGGAGAUAGUCCACCACAAUGUCACCCACCAAGUUCUGAGAUGGACUCCUCCCUUCACUCUGGACCUGACGGCCUACGAGGACGACAUCACUGGCUAUUCAGUGACACUGGAGGUGGAGAGUCCUCCCCCUCGCGACCCCUAUGACCUCUCCGUCUCCAGAGACCUCCUGGACUCCACCACCAACCUCACCUGGAGUCUGUCUGGCGCUCCACAGAGUUCUUCUUUCCUCGCUACUGCCUUCCCCUGUGUGGCUGAGUGUGAGAGCUGAGAACCCAAGUGGGUCUCGGAGCUCCCUCUCCUCUCCUCCACUACUCUCCCCCCACCUCCACAGAGGAUUGUAUCAGACUGAAAGAUUUGGUGUCAGAUAAAUCUAUUGAGAGUAAAGUGAAAUUCACCAACUCAGCUUUGACACCCACAGUGGAGAUAUUGCUAUAUCGAGUACAAAGCAAGAAUGAUAUGUGUAUAGAUAGUGUGAUGGUGAUGCUGUCAGCAGGAGAUGACACAGGCAGUACCAGUGGCAGUGGUAGUGGAGAGAGAGGGACAACAGGAAGUGAGACUGUCCUGAUGCCAGUAGUUAGAGAGACAGAGAUCAGUGUGGUCCUGGAACCACACCUCCUAGACCCCCACACCCACUACACUGCCAUCCUCUCCCUCCAACAGCAGCACUUCUCCACUGUACACUUCUCCACCCACCGUGUGCAGAAUGUAAGUGUAAAGGAGGAGGGGAAUGGACUGGUGGUGGAGUGUGUGUUUGCAGAGGGCUCCCCCCAGAACAUCACAUGUACAGUGGUAGUGGAGGGAGAGGGGGGACAGUGGGUGGAGACUUUCAGAGGACCUCUGGCAUUCCCCCACCUCCCCACUGGGACCUACACUGUGUCAGUCUAUGAUGGAGAGAUGAGGGACCUGGAGCCAGCUGUGGUGACGGUAGCAGAGGUCUCUGGAGUUUCUCCCAGCACUUCAUCAACACCUAGUGGGGGAGCUGCUACCACUGACCCAACAGUUCAUGGUGGACAGAGCAUGAAGGGUGGCAUCCAGAGAAAUACUCUUAUAGUUGUGAUUGGAGCUUCAGGUGGUCUGGUAGUUCUACUGCUGGCUGCAGUAGUAAUAAUAUGUCUGGUAGUGUUGGUACUGAGACUGAGACGCAGAGGCAGGUCUGCCUCUUACCAUGUCAAGAAAUUUGAGGAUGAACUGACAAAAGGACCACCAAAUGCCACCAACCCUAUUAUUAUCGCAGGAGAUUCACAAGACAUAGAAUCCUCUUAUGACAAACCACCACUAGAAGAGGGUAUUCUAGAGAGUCAGCCACCCAGACAACGGAGUAUUAUUGAGAGUCCCUAUGAGGUGGUGGACCAGGAGGAGGCUAAGGCUCUGAGAGAGAAGAAGGAGAGAGAGAAGAGGGCGAGAGAGGAGAAGACCAGAUCAGCUGCUGUCAAACAGCCAGUCUUCACAGAAGAGGAACUGCUGGAGAUCAGGAGACACACCUACUCCACAGUAGACCUAAAUAAGAAGAAACAGAAGAAGAGAGACAAAAAGAAGAGAGAUAGUUCUCCACCUCCAGUCCCUCCACAAGCGUUCAACUAUCAUGAGGACUUCCCUGAAGAAGGAGAACCAGCUGCAACUGCUGAACACUACUCCAUACAGGCCAAUGGCGGUAGUAGUCAUGUUUAUGACUCACUCCAGACAGCCACAUCCCCUGCCAUCUCUCCUCUACACACUGAACCUGCCGUCCACAGCGGAAAAGACCAGCAGGGUACCUCUCCUGGACCACUCACCAGUGGUAAUGGCGGUGGAGGAGAUGAUGUGAAGAAGUCUGGAGAUCCAGUGUAUGAGACCAUCACUGGACUGACUCUACCUCCAUGUUCUCACCAGUCCUCCUCCUCCUCCUCUUCCUCUCCCUCUUCCUCUCCCUCUUCCCCACUGGAGGAAAAAGAGACCACCAGACUCAUCCCUCAGCCAGUUGCUCCAGACCUACCUCCCAGAUCAGCUCACAUGAUAUCCAGAGUCAACAGACCUGCCUCCAGUCGUAAUGGAUCUCGUUACUCUAUGAUUGAGGGAGGGGCCACCUCAUCACCAGCACUACUCCCCAGACCUCAGAGUGCCCACAUCACCCUGUUCCCCACCACUGGCAGUGGCACUACUGGUGCACUCACCAGAGACUCGCUGGAGACUAGUGGCAAGAACGGCAGUCUGCCUCUACUGGCAUUCACGCAGAAUGUCUGAACUCAAUCAGUCAAUCAUCUUUCCCUAAGUUUUUUUUUAUAUUAACUCUGAUUUCUGUGAUUUACUUUGUGUAUUGGAGAAAUAAUUAUGUCACUAAAGGGAA